CCAAGCCCACCCAGUCUCGCACACACACAGAGACGCCGGUCCGUGAGUUCCAGCAGCUCUCCGUGUUUUCCGGGCUGCCUCCGUCUCGUCCCACUCACACUCUCUGUCAGAGCGCGCCGUUGACAGCCACUGGCCACUGAUCAGCCCACUUUGUCGGGGUCUGUGUCUCCACGCAACACUGCUGAGAAAGAAGCUCCGACUCUCGCUUUUUUUUGUUGCUUUGAGUCCAGAGCAAACACACGCAGCCGAACAAGCGAGCCCGUCCUCGGCAUCGACAGCACAACAAGUGACGAAGCCUCUUUGAGUGCAUUUUGAUUCCAGACUCAACUGUGUCUCUCAGCUCCCCUGCAACUAUGUCUGGAGAGGACGCACCUGCCCAGCAGCAGAACGCCGUGGACCAGAAGCAGGACACCAAACCCGCCGAGGAGCCCAAACCCGAGCCGCCCAAGACGGAGUCCGCUCCCGCCGCCGCAGCGGAGGCAGAGGCAACACCCGCGGCCGCCACCGAGAAGGUCCCCGAGGAGGAGACGUUCAGCUACCGCGCUCUGGUGCUCACCGGCUACGGAGGCUAUGAUAAAGUCAAGCUGCAGGUGAAGAAGGGGAAGCCGGUGCUCAAGGCCGGAGAGGUGCUGGUGCGGGUCAAGGCUUGCGGGCUGAACUUCGCCGACUUGAUGGCCAGACAGGGGCUGUACGACCGCCUGCCGUCCCCGCCAGUCACCCCGGGGAUGGAGUGCUCCGGGGUGGUGGAGGCUGUAGGGGAAGAAGUGACAGAAAGAAAAGUCGGCGACAAGGUGAUGGUGCUGAGCCGUUUCGGCCUCUGGCAGGAGGUGGCAGCGGUGCCGGCGAGCCACACCUUCCUCAUCCCAGAGGGCAUGAGCUUCGAGGAGGCAGCAGCGCUUCCUGUCAACUUCAUCACCGCCUACAUGAUGCUGUUUGACUUUGGCAACCUCCGGCCCAACCAGAGCGUCCUCAUCCAUGCUGCUGCAGGUGGUGUCGGUAUCGCAGCCACCCAGCUGUGCAAGACAGUGAAGGAUGUGACUGUGUUCGGCACCGCAUCAGCCAGCAAGCACGAGACCAUCGGAGAGGGCGGGGUCACGCAUCCCAUCGACUAUCGCACCAAGGACUACGUGGAGGAAGUUCGCAAGAUCAGUCCAAAAGGGCUGGACAUUAUCCUGGACCCUCUCGGAGGAUCGGACACCCAUAAGGCCUACAACCUGCUGAAGCCUAUGGGCAAACUUAUCACCUAUGGUGCGGCGAACAUGCUGGCGGGCCAGAAGAAGAACCUGCUCGCCGUGGCCAAGAACUGGUACCACCAGUUCUCCAUCCACACACUCAGCCUCAUCCAGGGGAACAAGUCGGUGUGCGGCUUCCACCUGGGCUACCUGGACGGGGAGACAGAGCUCAUCACGGAGGCCAUGAACACCAUCCUGGAUCUGUACAAGCAGGGAAAGGUCAAGCCCCGCAUUGACUCCACUUGGCAUCUUGAGCAGGUGGGCGAUGCCAUGAGGAAGAUGCAGGAGAGGAACAACAUCGGCAAAGUCAUCCUCAGCACGGAGCCAAUGCCCGAGGAGGAGAAGAAGGAGGAGCCUAAGAAGGAGGACAAGAAAGAGGAAAAGAAGAAGGAAGAGAAGAAGAAGGACGACAAGAAGAAGGAGGAGCCCAAGAAAGAGGAGAAGAAGGACGACAAGAAGAAGGAGGAGCCCAAGAAGGAGGAGCCUAAGAAGGAGGAGGCCAAGAAGGAGGAAGAGAAGAAGGAGGAGGUCAAAAAGGAGGAGAAGUGAGAGGGAGGGAUUGAUAGUCAAGCAGACCAGCAGGGAGUUUGUGUCCUGGGAGCACGGGGAGUGGGAUGGUGGGGUGGGGUGACGGAUGGGGAUGGGGUGGCAGGGGGGGAGGGUGGAGCAUAAGCAAGAACGGGGAGGAGCUAGAGGGCUAGAUUACAAAAUUAUCUCACCACUGUCAGUCUUAUACAUCUCUUCUGCUUCAGCCUCUCGAGUCCACACUGGCGGCGGUCACUCAGGCCUGGCUCCACCCACGGCCCCUCGCUUACCAUUUUCUAACUAAACAAAAAAAUGAUCCGAUCACUUUUCCCACCCUGAGUGCUCCGAACUUUUCCCCUUGCCUCACUCCUUGCGAGACCUGAAAGAUUUUUCUUCUCCUAUUCGGAACGACUGAGACAAGGGAGCCGUGGAGGACUGUGGGUAGGGUCCAGGCUUGGGGGAGCUAGUGGUGGUGGUGGAGGGGGGUUGUUUCCUUGACAACUGUGAAUCCCCCCCUGCCGCUCGUGCUCCGACCCCACCCUCAACCUCCCCCCAUGCCUCUCCGCACCUCGACUCCCACUGAAUUGUUCUGCUCUGACUUCCACCUGCCACCUCCUCUCGUCUCCCCCUCUCACCCACACCCUCACUGUGCUGAGUCCACACCUCACACUCACCUCCCACACCACCCCGCACCAACCCAGGGGCCGGACCCACAGGCAGGCGUAAAAAACACGGACGGACGGACGGACGGCCAGGCAAACGAAGAACCACGCCCACCCACACGUUGCUCUCUCUUUGCGUCCAACGCUCAAAGUUAUGUCACUGAGAGUGAGUCAGAGAUGCCUGUGAUUGGCUCAUGCACCCCACCUCCCCUGUAGAUAUUUGCAUCAUUGGUUUUUGAUUAUGAUCUUCGACAAUGGUGUUAACUCUGCAGGGCCUGACAUUUUUCUUUAUGUGGCUUCAUCAGCAGCGGGAAGGGGGGGGGAAACGGCGCCAUAACACAUGCGUUCCAAACCCAAUUUCUGUAGAGUUUAUUUAGUGGCUGCAGAAUAUGAAUUUCCCCUCAUAAUGAGCCUUUCUCUCCUUAGCUACAGAUUUUUCUAGCUGACCAACUGUUGGCAAGAAGUGCGCAGUGCCAAUUAAGGGAGAAUUUGUUUCUGUUCAAACAAGCCACACACACACACACAAACAUACACACUCUGAAUGUGAUGAAAGAGGCACUGUCACGCUGAGACAGGGAAGCGUCUGAAAUGAGCAAGUUAAGAAGGUGAAUACCAGCUCUUUUUCCUCGGGAUCAGACUUUCUUUUUUUUUUUCUCCCCUGAUCCUCCUCGAGGCACUCUGUGGCAUUCUGCUCCUUUCACAGCGGCCGCUCGCCUGUCGCUCAGCCUGACCUGAGAGAGAGGAGAAUUCAAUUCAAGCCGGCGUCCAUACUUUGCCUCCCCUCCUUCUCUCUACUGCCCCGCUCUCUUUCUCUUUCUCUUUCUCUCUCUCUCUCUCUCUCUCUCUCUCUCUCUCUCUCUCUCUCUCUCUCUCUCUCCCUCCUCUUUCCAUUUCCCUCUCUACGGUCGGCAUAGCAACAGGCGUCAGGCUCGUCAGAGAUGGCACUGUGGUCUGUUUCUCUGACUCCCUCUCCCUGUGUCUCUCGCUCCUGCCUCCCUCGCGCUGUUUGCCAACAGUCAGAGCCGGGGACCAGUUUUUCAUCAGGUGUAAAAUGUAUUAAUAAUUCAUGAGGUGGUGAAGCCCCUUCUUUUUUUCUUUUUUUUUUGAAGAUUGUGAGUAUUGCACCACCAAACUGUGUGUAAAAGUCUAAAUCUAGUAUUGAAAAUGUGUGCCAUCAGCAGUAUGCCAGCUAAAACUGCACAUCGCUCCCUCUAAUGGCCAGUAUGAAUUUUGGCUUUUGCCUGGCUGGUGUCAUGUUAGAAGUUUAGGAGUAAGAUCCUCUAGUGUUUCAUCACAAGUCCGACUGGGUGGACUCCUAAAUCUGUCCCGUAGGUGGAUAUCAACCCUUAAACCCGUAGGCAUCUAACUACCUGCCUGCCUGCCUGUCUGCCUGUCAGUCCGUCUGUGAGCCCGGCCUCGGUGUUGAGACUCAGAUGGUGACCAGUGACUUUGUAAAAAAAAACAAUAUGAAAAUGUAAAAAAAAAAAAAAAAGACAGUAAAAAAGAUGUUGUGUUAGCAUGAGUGGCCUCCCUCAUGUGCCGUGUGUGGUGUGCCAUUGUGCGUGAAGAUGUGUGUGUGUCCUCAGGUCGUUUGUCAGGUUUCAAAAGCACCCAUCCCCCCCCGCCACCGCCGCACCCCCACACUUCUCUGCUACAGUACUAUGUAGCUCCGGCCCUGCCUCCCCUCUCUCUCUCUCUCUAUCUCUCUCCCCGUCUGAUAAGAGGCCUGUGUUGUGAGGACAGUUGGUAUUAGUAUUUUUGCACUCUGCUCGCUGAUCUUAAUGCACUUACGAGCAUGGCAGUCCCACUCCAGUCCCACGCGGGCUUUGAUUCUGCUCCAGGUCUGCAGCCCCUGCUUCCCAUCAUCCACCUCCCAGUGUUGUCUGCUGAAGCUCACUGAAAGCACUCACCUAAACUCACACGCAUGUAGGAACACACACUGGUGUUGUACCGGUCCCCUCAUUUCCAGCUUGCCAGUCCCUGUCCAGGCCAACUUCACCUGGGUGGCAGCUAAGAAUCAAAGCGUCCAUCCAUCCUCGACUGGGGAAAGUAAAACGCGGAGCAGGGGCGGAGUCCAACUGGGCUGGAGUGUGACCACCACGCUGGUGUGGGGAGUGACUGUGUCCUGUCAGCCUCUGGUUAGUGUUCUGUUCUAAUCUGCUGGGCUCCCUUUGUGAACCUGUGGACGGUGCUUCUGUUCCGAGUGCCAUGUGAGAAACAAACGCUUCAGUAAGAAAAAAACAAAAAAAGGAUGUUUUACUUAAUAUGUUAUUUUUGAUUGACCUUUAUAUUUUUUUGGUUUGUUUAUUUGUUUUAUUAUCCAAGGGUUUAAAGUUCAAAGCUCUCAUACUCUCUUUUACCUGGCGACCCUGCGCUCCUUUUAAAUGUGAUGACGUCUUUCUGUUGGUCUGAACCACGUGUGCCAAAUUGUAUGUAUAUUCCUCUGUCAAUGCUUUCAAUAUUAACAGUGCAUAAAAAGAUAUGGAGAAAAAUCCUGUUUUUGGAUGCGUUUCCGUCAACCGUGAAGAAACAAAAUGAAAACACAAAA